AUGCAGUCAGGUGGUUAAAAAAUGGCUGCCUUCAAUGUUGACACUGAGAGUGAGGCGGCAGAAAGUGGUAAUUUAUCCAGUCCCGAACUGGUACGGCGCGCGAUCAGUGAAAUAGACACAUCAGAAGACACCGGUGUGCCUUUACAGACGCCAUGGACAUUCUGGCUUGACAAGACAUCCCGAGGAACCUCCGCCGCACAGUACGAGGCAACGCUGAGGAAGUUGUACACAGUAAACACAGUUCAGAGUUUUUGGAGUGUUUACAACAACAUCCCUGACCCGAGCAGAAUGUGCACUCGAUACAGUUACCACUUGAUGAGACACGAACACAGACCUGUCUGGGAAGAUGAAUCCAACUGUCGUGGCGGAUACUGGAGAUUCAAAGUUCAUAAACAGGAUACGCCCACUGUUUGGAAAGAGCUGCUCCUCGCUGCUAUAGGAGAACAGAUGUCGGACUGCAUGGCAGAUGGAGAUGAGGUUGGUGGAAUCAGCGUCAGUAUCAGAGACCGUGACGACAUUGUUCAGAUAUGGAACAUUGCGUCAGACUUAUCAGAACAAUCUACCAUUAUUUCCAAGGUCAAAGAGCUACUACCCAAUGUAACCUUUCCAGCAUUAUUUUAUAAAGCAUUUCAAACACACGAAGCCUUUGAAGCGGACAAAGUACCCUUCACGAGGAGGUGACAUUAGGCAACAGUCGUUAGGAACCUCUUCAAGAAACAGUUGCUUGGAAUACAGUAUUUAUUUGACCAACUAGUUACACUACUGCCAGAUAUCUUUGUAUGAUUUGUAUGUUUGAAAUUUUAUAACUUGUAAAGCUUUUAAGUUGAAAGGGAUAUGGAAAUAAGAAGAAAUAUGUUGAAUAAUGAGACAGGGAAAAAUGGCUAAAACUCUUGGAAGUCUUCAUGUGAAUUAUUGAAAUUGAAUUAAUAAGACGACAAUGUAUAUAGCUGGUCAAACUAGCAUAUGUGAUGGAGAUGGGGGUGGGGAGGGUACUGACACUCCUAAAUGAAGCUGAGGUGGGCUGAUUAUAUGUUGCCCCCUGUCUUAGUUUAAAGGUAAAUCUAACUGUCUCAUCCUCAGUUGCUGGCAGCUUCCAAUGUCUAUGACUUGCUCUAAAGGGGAACCAGUGUUAUACUGUCUUAACCCUUCUCAGUGUUUCUGCAAGAAAGAAUAUUUUGGGUAUGGCACUAUGAAAUUGAAUAUUUACAAUGUGUGUUGAAUGUGUUAGGGGGCCUCACCAAGAAAAAAAAUGGGUUAGGUUUGGGGUUAGGGUUAAGAAAAUCAUCCAGUAAUGAUAAGAGUCCUUCAUUUUGUCAAAAGGUCAACUUAAAAAAAUAAAAUCUGCAAAAACAUUUGGGUAUGGUGCCGUACCCAUUUUACCCUCUGACCGAAAGCCUGCAGUUCUCCAUUUGCCUUCCUCAGCCAUGAAUAAACAGGUUAACCUAGACCAAAUUGUCUGUUCUCGAUGAAUGUGCUUUAAGAGUGAUAAAAGCACAUUAAAAUCACUUUCUGACCCUGAUUCUAAUCCAACCGCCAUAAACGACAUUAUGUGUCUUUGUUUCCUAUGCCAAAAACAUUUAUGCAUUGUUGUGCAUGUGUCAAGUUCAUCUCAUGAAUGCAAUAUUUUGGGUGGUCUCGAAGGAUUGGGCAUGUGUUUUAUAAAACUUUUAGAAUCUAGACUGAAAUCUUUAACCCACAUGCAAUUUGUCUGGGUUGCCAUGACGUUAAAGUCUCAGGACAUUAUUAGAGAUGUGAGUCUAGACUUUAAAAGUUUUGUUAAGUAUGGGGACGACUAUAUUUACGUCUAAUAUUUCAGGUUUGUUCAUUUGGCAGUUUUGUUCUUUUAGUAUCAGGGCUAGCUCUGCAUCAACAGAAAAUAUUCACCAAAUUAUCUAUUGAACUUAAAAACCUGCAGAAUCCCAGUUAUUUUGUACAGAAUAUCAAUUAAUACUUAUAGGAUAUUAAACGAACUUCCAUUUCGUAUCAUG